AUGUCAUUGCUGCAGCGUCGGCGUGGAGGGAUGAGUGGUGAGUCAGCCGAUGAAGCCUUGGACCGCAUGAUCGCCCAGACUCAAGAGGAGGGAGAGAGAAGAAGAGCUCUGUCUGCUCCUAGGAGGAUGGAAGGUGGUGUGCGGAGGUUGGAAAUUCAGGCUGGAGCAGAGGGAGAUGGACGAGCUCAAGGUCGAGAAGGUGAGGUGGCGAGGCCUGCUGGUUUGCCACAAGCUUUAGGGCCUGAAGCUCCUCCGGUGGCAGCUCAGCAGGAAUUGCCUGGUGGUGGGAGAUCGACAAUGGUGGUAGGACCGCUUCUUCGGGGUGUGGCGCAAGAUGUGGCUGGUGCGGUGGGUAACCAACUGCAAGCUUUGGGGACACUUUUUCCUGGAGCUCAAGUCCGUUCUUGUGUACCUCAAGGUGGUCCUCCUGGUGUCCUUCCUCUACAAGGUCUUCAUGCUGAACUACAUCAACGCAGUGGUCAGGGGAUCAAUGACCAAGGUGGUGGCUGUCCGAGUGGAGGGCAUGUGGGCGGUGCUAUGUUGGGACCUUUGGCUGAGCCUUUGCCGCCGUUGGUAGCUUUUCAGCUGCCGCAGCAGCAACAGAUGGGAUCAGCCGCGAGGAUAGGAGUGAUGGUGACUCCAGUCCGAGAACCUCGAGACCUGCAGUCAGUACCCAUGGUGAGCCCGGUUCCCAUGCAAAUGGUGAGCCCGGUUCCCAUGCAGGCAUUGGCUGGAGGGGGGAACGCAGCUCCUGUUGGAACAGAUCCAUUGGGAGGGACUCAGAUGAGGAUGGACCCAGCUGCGAUGGCAGUUGAGGAGAUCAGAAAGCGGGUGAUGCGGGAGGCAGAGGAAGCUUUCGCCAAGGAGGUGAGAAGGCUUCAAGGUCAGACCGAGGAAACCCAAUCGUACCAGUCAGCAUCCAAGGGACAGGCCGUGGUUGGCCAGGCCUUGGGAACUUCUCAGCCGUUGGGAGGAGUCGGUGGAAUGCCGUCCCCACCUCCAGGGAUUGAUCCGGGAUUCCAAGGAAGGAAUCAAGCUGGGCUAGCUCAGCCGGGACCAUCUCUGACUGAGGCUUUGAGGGCCCUGGAGCUACCAAAGCUUCCCACACCGGGAAGUGAAGGUGCGUCCAUCCAGUUCGGGGAUUGGAUGACUGUGGUGCAUCCACUGAUGAGUGAUCUUUCUGGAAGUGCUGGAGAAUGGUGGAGUCUGACAGUGAAAACUGUGGAACACCACUAUCAGCAGUGGCUGGUUGCCACGCCGCUGGAGAAGCUGCGCAUGAAACCAGGAUCACCAGUGAUCGGUGAAGGCUACGCAAGACUGGAACAGCGGUCAGUAUCUAUGUUGCUAGCUGCUUUGCCAGAAGGUUUGCGACAGGACGUCAUAGCAUCGCGGCGUCUCUCGACGGUCGGGAUUCUGUUCCGAUUGUUUACCACCUUUCAACCUGGUGGUUCGGGUGAAAGGACAGGACUGAUCAAGUCCAUCAGCGAGGCCAAGGUGCCAGCAGGUUUGGUGGAACUGCUGGGGUCCGUUCGGCAAUGGCGCCGAUCAGUGGGAAGGUCGGAGGAGCUGAGUGUAACAGUGGAUCCUCUGGUUCUGACAGGUGUGUUGUCGAAGUUCGCUGACGGAGCUUCAAGAUUGGGUGGAAGUCAGGUGGCGUUCCGCUUGGCGACCAUGCGCCAACAGCUGGACGUAGAUAGAGCUCCAAGCCUUGGUUCGGUCAAAGAAUGGGCCGAGUACAUCCAAGCUGAGCUGGAAGAGUUGGCUAAUGCGCAGACUGCUGGGAAGGCGACGCCGUCGAAUCCGCCAGCGUUGGCUCCGGUGCUGACGCAGGGGAAGCCGGCUGUCAAGGCCUUCACGGGGGAAGGGCAGAAGCCAUGGGAGAGGCCAGAAGGUGAGAAAGCGCCGUGUCGUUUCUGGAGCACUGACGAAGGGUGUCGCAGGGGUGAGAAGUGCGGUUUUGCACACGCCUGGGGAACGUUGGAGAAAUCCUCAAGGUGCUUGCUUUGCUCAUCAACAGGCCACCGUAAAAGGGAUUGUCCCACAGCCAAGCCUAAAGAUGGAAAUGGCUGGACACAGAAAGGUGACCGGAAGGUCGCUAAGGUCCUCAAUAAGAAAGGGGAGAAGAGCACUGAGAAGGAGAGCCAAAAAGAGUCAACAGUAGUGAAGGAGGCAGCGGAGGAAAAUCCGCAACCGGAAAAAAGAUCUGAGGGUUCCCAGCCCAAGCAGGAAGGUGACUUGGUGCAGAACCUCAACGGUCUGGUUAAGUCCAUGACGUCGAUCAAAUCGGUAUUCAUCAAGACGGUGAAAAUGGACGAGGAGUGCGGAGGAGAGUACGCCUUGCUAGAUGGGGGGGCGACUCACGCUUUGCGACAGGCGAAGAGCUCCGAAGUUCCGCAUCUUUGGCCAGUCCAAGUUGAAAUGGCGAUGGGAAGUGUCACGCUCUAUCGGUGCGCAGCGCACAAUACGCUGUUGGCACUGGAUAACGUGGAACCCAUAAUUCCAUUGCGGCUGCUAGUAGAUCACGGAUUCAAGAUCGACUGGCCGAAGGAUCGCUGUGACAUCUCACACCCGAAACAUGGGAACCUGCAGUGUGUCAGACGCCAAGGGUGUCCAGUGAUGGACAGAAGUGAAGCCUUGAGUCUCUUGGAGUCACUUGAGAAUGGUGGAGUGGGAGACUACUGUGAGCCACCGGCUCAGGAGAUCGAAUGGUGGAAGGAGAAGUAUCCACAGGUCCCUGAGAGAAUCUGGUCUUUGAUGAGGGGCCAAGGGCUGAACUGGGAAGAAAUUGCCUCCCCUUUGCCUUGGAAUAGGGCAAAGCGGAGGAGGUUGGAAAGAGCUCGAGGUGGUGUGGUGAUCCAUCUUUUCUCUGGGUCCGGGGGAGAAUCCAGGAGAUGGCGGGAUCUCACGGGAUCAGACACCGAGGUGCUGACCGUUGACAUCUCAUCGAACGCUCAAGAAGAUCUACACGCCGCUGGGGUGUGGGCGUAUCUGUGGGGAUUGGCUGAAAGGGGCCGGAUCCGGAUGAUAACCGCCGGACCGCCAUGCAGGACAGUGAGUCGUCUUAGGCAUAAGAUCCCAGGUCCUCGCCCUUUACGUGGCAGAAGGAAUCACAGAUUCGCUUUGGAUGAUCUAACUGAAAGAGAAAUGACAAAGGUGGAUGGAGAUACCGCCCUGUGGUUGAAAACUCUCGGUCUCUAUGAGAAAUCUCAAGAGGGAAUGGCGGCGAAUGGCAUUCUGGGUCAGUGUGGUCUUCUGGUGGAAAGUCCCCAAGAUCCAUGCGAGUAUGUGGAAGAUGGGAAAGAGUAUCCGUCCUUCUGGGAAUGGGAGGAAACAGAAGAUUUCUUGAAACGAAACCCAGACAUGUUCAAGGUCAGGGUGGACCAAGGGGCUCUAGGGCACCCACGCCCCAAACCCACAACGCUUCUGACCAACAUAGUCCAGCUGAAGGAACUUAGUGUGUGCAUGGAUCUCCGGGAGCGGCUGAAGCAGACGGCUUCUUGGUCUGCAUGGGCUCCAGGUCUGAUGGCUGCUCUCAAGAUUGUGAUACCCAAAUUUCUGGCGAGCCAGGCUCAGCAACCGAUGCUGAGCAAGUUGGACUUAGCGGGAUGGAAGAAGCAUCUGCAGGCACAACACGUGCCAUACCGGCGGGACUGUAAGGUCUGCUUGGAAACCAUGGGCUCGGCUGAGCCACAUCGCCGAAAGAGGGGUCAAGAAUCCGCCUUUGUGAUGUCUGUAGACAUCUGUGGUCCGUUCAAAAAGGGCACCGACCUUGGUGUCUCCAAACGCAGAAAGGUAAAGUAUGCCUUGCUGGCGACUAUCCCUGUGCCUCAGUGGCCAAGUCCGGGGGAGAAGGAGGAUUCCACGGCGGCGGUGGAACCUCAAAAGGAAGAAGUUGUUCCCGAAGCUGAGGAAGUGGAAGCCUCUGGGGAGCUUCUCUUGGAUCCAGAGCCCAGGGAUCUGAUCCCAGAGGAAGAAGCCCGGAAGAGAAACCAGGCGUGGGAAGAGUUCGUCAAAAAGGAAGUCAAGGAGAUAUCCAAGGAUGUUCCAGUGGUGAACAUCACCUUCAUGGAGCCACUUGCGUCUCGUCACCAGAAUGAAAUUACAAAGGCACUGUCCAAAGUGCAUGCCCGGGCGAAGAGCCUUGGCAUACCCAUUUACCGUGUGCACUCUGAUCGGGAGCGAUCUUUCACAACCAAUCACGUGGCCAAGUGGUGCGAAAUGCGCCAGGUCCAUCAAACUUUCAAUGCAGGCGAUGAGCCUGAAGCCAAUGGACGAAUUGAAGGGGAAAUCAACCAAUUCAAGCGUCGACUUCGCCUUUUGUUGGCAGAAACGGGAGUGAGUCAUGACUACUGGCCAUGCGCGGCCCGACACGGAGUCGAGGAACGAUUGCGUGCCCAAAUGAGAAAGUUGGGGGCCAAGUGUAAGGAGAUGCCACCCUUUGCUGUGUUGGCUCAGGUUAAGGCCAAACUGUGGCAUCGUCGAAAAGAAGGGGCGUUGUCAUCCCCUUACAAGACGCUUCGAAUUAUGGGCCCUUCACCUCAGAUGACUAACGGUUGGGUUGCUCUUGAUGAAGAAGCCAACCUUGUGCAGCACGCACGGUCCGUGUUCAUUCCUGAUCCUCUUGGAGAAACAGCUCGUUUGGAGCUGGAAACGGUCGAUGAUCCCAAGGAUCCUCCCAAAAGACGUCUCAACGGGAAGCAGCCACUGGUUGUGGAGGUUUCCAAGAUCCCUUUACCACCUCCUCGGGAGGACCGUGAACUUGAGUCCUUGUUGGCUGUGGCCGACGCUGAGGAAGAAGAUGGGUAUGAGCCCUCUAUCUUGUCUGACUCUGAGUUGGUUCCACCUGAGGCAGAAUUGGGAUUGCCAGCUCUCAUGGCCUUACGAGCUGGGGGAGAGUCUCUUGUGGAUGGAACUCAACUUGAAGGUUGGGGGGAGAUCGAAAAGACGGAAGUAGAGGAGUAUGUGAAUGAGCUCCGCUACCAGCACUGGAAUCUGAGAAAACUUCUGCAGGAACAGGUGAAUGCAGUCGCUGGGACAGAAGAAGAAGGUGCGGCGCAAGGACAAGUCGUGCAACACGUGAGUACCCAAGUGAGAUGGCUGGAAAGUGAAUUGGAGCAUUAUUCCCGGAUCGAAGAAGAAGGUGCCAAGGUGGAGGCAUUGGAAGCUGAAGAGUGUGAGAGACAUGCCCGAAUCGCAGCUUUGUCGACGGAUGGCCAACCAGGGGAUGAGAACCAAGGUGUGAGCAGGCCCCCGACGGUCUUGCAAACCUACACAAUCCCCUUGACGAUGGUAAAGCGGGAUAUGGAAUCCUGGAUUGAACCAAUUAAGGCCGAGUACAACCAGCUUGUGUAUGAAAGCCAGGCGGUGAAACCGGCGACUCCAGUGACGGCAGCGGACUUGUACGCUGGAGGAGCUGAUGCCACCGCCAUUCGAUGCAUGGUCAGAAAGACCGCAAUGAUGGAUGGGUGGGACAUGGGAGUCCUAGAUAUCAAGGGCGCGUUCUUGCUUGCCCCACGCCGAAGGGAGCAGGAGUGCCUGAUGAUGACCAUCCCACCGAAGCUGCUGGUGCAGGCUGGGAUCUGUCCGCCGGAUGAGCGGUGGGUGAUCCAAAAGGCGAUGUACGGCCUGGAGACCAGUCCGGCCGACUGGAGUAGCUUCCGCGACCAAAGGGUCAAGAAAUUUGAGUGGAGCUCAAACGGUAGGUCGUUCUGGAUGCGUCAAACGGUCGAACCAAAUGUCUGGCAACUCGUGUCGAGCGAGGAGCCAGGAAGAGCGGACUCGGAUGAACGGGUAGAAGGUUUUUGUACCUUCUAUGUCGAUGAUGUCCUGGUCUGUGGACCAACCGAAGUAAUCAAGGGAUGUCUGAACCGAAUAAACCAGGAGUGGAACUGCUCCGAAGCGGAGUACCUCUCAGAAAAGGGAAUGUUGAGAUUCUGUGGGAUGGAGUUGAAGCUGCACCCGAGGGGCGGCAUCCUCCUUUCCCAAGAAUCCUACACCAAGGAUCUGUUGGAUCGAUACCCGGAGGUACCAGAAGCGCUGGUACCAAUUGCAAGGACUGAGGAUGUCGAGGAUUCACCACCGGAGCCUGCAGAUGUCAAAAGGGCGCAGACUCUGGUCGGCGAACUUUUGUGGGUAAGCACAAAGACGCGGCCGGACGUGGCAUAUGCAGUGAGUUGGAUGGGUUCCCGAGCAUCCAAAUGUCCGAAGAGGGUUUGCCAACUUGGUAGGCAAACGCUUGGCUACUUAAAGGCCACAGUGGGUCAUGGUCUGCUAUACCAAAAGUGUCAAGAGGCCGACCGUGGGCCGAAUGGGAAUUUGGCAUUCUGCAGGGAUGCCAAUACGUUGGAAGUCCACUCGGAUGCGUCUUUCGGUCCAGGAAGGGAGAGGCUGCGCUCUAGGGCGUUGCACGAAGCGGUACAACAGGAGGUGUGGAAGGUGAAACACAUGGCGGGUGUGGAACUUGCGGCAGAUUUCCUGACGAAGCCAAUCACCGUUGGGGCUACUUGGUCAAGAUUCCGGAGGUUUGCAGGGCUCUACGACAUGGCUGAGCCGGAGGACCUGGAGACCUUGAAGAAGAUUGGAAUCUGUAGAGAAUGGGCUCUGAAGGGGCUGACUGUAGCUGUAGAGCUUGAAAGGAACUACUGCCCUUCGGGCUGCCCCAGUGUCCGGGCGCUCCGUGCUGAAGCCAUGGCGACCAGCGUUGCUGAUGCUGGUGGCGAGGGUGGAGAUGGUCCUGGUGAUGGUGGAGAUGAUCGUAAGCCGUGGCCGAAGAGCUCCAUGGACGAUGACAUCUACACCGGGGAGAAAAAGAAAAGGAAGAGAAAGAAGAAAAACAAGGCCGCGAAGGCUGAUCAAGGUGAAGAGAAGGGCCCAAGUGCAGAGGCCUGUGAUGAAGAAGAGAAGGAAGAUGAGUGGCCGAGCUGGGAAAACAGAAAGCUUGAGGAGUCCGAGGAAACAGUCGCAGGGGAGCCAGGGCCUGUGACGUUGAUGCAGGCUACUCCGAAGACAGCGACGAGUGCUGCUCCGCUACCAGCUCCUCUACCUCCUCAAGACAACGAACCUACUGGCGAAGAGGUUCCGACUGCGACGGGCAGUCAGCCAGCCUCUUCUCAGGGGCCUGAGAACCCAGAUGGAACCACUUACACUGUCCGUGGUCAUGGUCGCCGCGACAUUGAGUCAGGCUUCUUUUGGGGAGGCGAAAAGAUCGUGGUAUCCUUCGUGAAUGUGGAUGGUGACCUGGAAAUUCGCAGAGGUGACGGUCUGGUCGAGAUCCGUCCCCUUGCUGAGCCAGAAGGAAAAGGGAAAGGAAAGAACGGGCCAGAGGUCAUCAGCUCUGGUGAAGAGAAUGAAGAAGCGAACAGCGACCCAACUGGUCCCAAAGGAAAAGGAAAACCCGUUCCCGAACCUCUGCUACCACCGAGUCGAGGCAGCGUGGGUUCUUCAACUGCCAGUGGCGAUGGCCUUGGAUCUUCAACCGACCGACCAGUUCCUAGUGGAGAUCGCCGGCAGUCUUUGGGAAAAGGAAAAGGCCGGGGGAAGACUCCGGGCGCCGCUGAGGAUGACGAUGAUGAUUCCUGGGGAAAAUGGACUUCUCAGGGUUUGCAUGGAGCUGGAGAACCGGAAGGCGAGCCUCCAGCUGAAGACCAUCCACCUGAUGAGGAAGAAAAUGAGGACUAUGACAUCCAUGCGAGAAAGGACCUGGAUGAUGGCUCGGGAACCAAGCGUCCUCCGCCUGAUGGUGGGUCCUACAGCAUGAAGGCUAUGCGAGUCACUGUGGAUGCGGCCACGGCACCGUGGGAACUACCUGAGUUCUCGGCGCCUCCGCCGACUGGGAAGAAGGACAGAUGGGAAAGUUCCUGGAUCCAACGUGGAUGGCUUGUUAGAGUCCACAGGGAUCCAAGGAAACGCACUUUCCAGCCAAUCCACCGUGCCUCUCCGGUUGCAGGUGGAGAUCUUCUUCCUCUACGUGUGACUGUGGGCUUCGAGGAGGACACCAACCGCCGCUUUGUCAAGACGGACCGCUGGGAUGUGGAGCCAGCGAACCCCACUACUUCAAGGUGGACUGGGUGGACCUUCUUCCGCCUCAAGAAUGAAACUGGGACCGUGCAUGAUCGCACUGUGUCUCGGAGCUCUGGUGAUGAUGCUCGUGGAGAAGGGCAUCGUUUUCACCUACCUGAACGUGACGGAGCUGGAGGACCGCAUGAUCGUGGUGAGCUUCAGCCUGCAGUUUUGAGGUUGCCUGAUGGAGCCGAGGGGCAUCUUGGGCUUCUUCCUGACCUACCUGGUGGGGAAGAGAACCGUGUUGAUGUGAGCCGGGCGGCUACGGCGAAGUCCUACGCUCCGCUCCCAACACCAAGAGCACCUGCGGUGAGGCCAAAAGCACAGACUUCAGCUGGUCGACGAGCUCAACCGGUUUUGGCUGACCUUCAGCGUCGAGAUGGCCUGCCUCCUGCCGAAGAGGAACUGAGCGAUGACGGCAGCUGGAGUGAGGUCUCUGGGGAGACCUGGUGA